CGUACGUGUGCACAUAAUGUAGAAUAUGAUUCCGAAUGCGGUCAAUUUGAGAGGUACAUCAACCAAUUUGCAAUGCCAUUUUUGCAAUUACUAUGUCUUUCUGGAAACGUUCUGAAUCUACUUAUAUAUCGACUUCCUUACUUCGAUGGCAGCUCUUCAGUACAUUUCUUAAGAGCGAAGGCACUCGCCAACCUGGUUAUUCAUGCCUGGACACUGGAACCCCAUGAUUCAUUUGAGCCUCUUUAUUGGCAAACGAAACCGUUCGUUAUUACAGCUGCCAAUAUCAGUGGAACGAUUUCGACUUGGAUGACUCUUCUGGUGACAAUCGAAACUGUUUUAUGCGUGCUUAUGCCAUUUCAUUUUCGACAAUUCUGCACCAAACGGCUCACACUAAUAUUAUUAUUGUCAUCUGUUUUUCUCAGUUCAACAUUACAUCUAACAUUUAUAUACACAAAUUCAGUAAUUGAGACACCAAUCAUCCAAGAAAUACGUUCAAAUCCGUCGACCAGCUGCUACCGACUCAUGGUUCGGUAUUCGAUGCAGAUUUCCUCUGGUGCUGUCUAUGAAAAGCUUUAUUAUUGGACACAGUUACUACUGUCAAUCGUUAUUCCCACAAUUGUGAUGCUGAUCUGCUCGGUUUUGAUCGUUACACAAUUUACAUUCAAGGAAUUAGGUGAAGCGUUCAGUCAACGUCGAAAGUGUGUUAUAAGAAUGACAGUUGCAACAACACUUUCUCAUCUUCUGCUCGAAGGACCAGCUUUAUUAACGUUCGGUGCUGCUGCACUCAAAGGUACGCCAUUCGACCGUGUUCGUCUUAUUUCUCUCCUACUUUCUGAAUUGAAUGCUGUCGUUUCAAACUUUGGCUCGGGCAGUGCCAAUCAUAACACAACAAUGUGCAUGCUAAAUCAUGGCAACAACCUGCUGUCAGUGUUGAAUGCAACAAUACCAUUCUUCGUAUUUUUGGCGUGUAACGAACAAUUUCGACACAUGACAUGUAUUUAUGUGAAAGCACAUCUGAUACUGAAUCAAGCAAGAAAACACACAUUUAUCGCCGAAACUGCAUGUCGACGACAACGAACCACGACAACGUUGCAAGGCAGACCUGAUCCUUACGAACCACGUUUACUACUCAACAGCAAUCAACACUCAUUGCUCGUCAAAACUUUCACCAGAUAG